AUGGCAGCCUCUUGGCCCACAGUUACUUUCAAGGUGCACAAAUUUGUGCACUGGGCCCCUGAGCCCCCAGUCCAGUUCCUUGCCCCAGAGGCAGCCCCCGGCCCGCUCUGUGUGGCCCCCGGGGAGCCGGUGAUGCUGAGCUGUGAGCUUUCCCGGGCUGGCGCCCUCGUGUUCUGGAGCCACAACGGGAGGCCGGUGCAGGAGGAGGAGGGCGUGGAGCUCCACGCCGAGGGCCCCCGCCGCGUCCUCUGCAUCCGGGCUGCAGAGCCAGCCCACGCCGGCCUGUACACCUGCCAGUCCGGGGAGGCCCCAGGCGCCCCCAGCCUCAGCUUCACUGUCCAAGUGGCUGAGCCCUCCGUGCGGGUGGUGACCCCAGAAGCGGCCCAAACAAGAGUUCGCAGCACCCCAGGCAGGGACCUAGAGCUGGUGGUACACCUCUCCGGGCCUGGGGGCACUGUGCGCUGGUACAAGGACGGGGAGCGACUGGCGAGCCAGGGGCGGGUGCAGCUGGAGCAGGCCGGGGCGAGGCAGGUGCUGCGGGUGCGGGGCACACAGAGCGGAGACGCUGGGGAGUACCUGUGCGACGCACCCCAGGACAGCCGCAUCUUCCUGGUCAGUGUAGAAGAACCACCACCGGUGAAGCUGGUCUCAGAGCUGACACCACUCACUGUCCACGAGGGUGACGACGCCACGUUCCGGUGUGAAGUCUCCCCUCCAGACGCCGACGUCACCUGGCUGCGCAAUGGGGCCAUUGUCACUCCAGGACCUGGGCUAGAGAUGGCCCAGAGCGGGUCAACCCGCACCCUGACCGUGAGAGGGUGCCAGCUGAAGGACGCAGGGAUAGUGACUGCCCAAGCAGGGGGCACAGCAACAAGUGCCCGGCUCCACAUUCGAGAAACCGAGCUGCUGUUCCUUCGGCGGCUGCAGGACAUGCGGGUGGAGGAAGGCCAGGACGUGUGCCUGGAAGUGGAGACGGGCCGAGUGGGUGCAGUGGGGGCCGUGCGCUGGGUUCGAGGUGGGGAGCCCCUACCCCACGACUCUCGCCUGUCUGUGGCCCAGGAUGGCCACAUCUACCGCCUCUUCAUCCACGGUGUUGUACUGGCUGACCAAGGCACCUACGGCUGCGAGAGCCACCACGAUCGCACCCUGGCCAGGCUCAGCGUAAGGCCAAGGCAGCUAAGGGUGUUGCGGCCUCUGGAGGACAUGACCAUCAUCGAGGGGGGCAGCGCCACCUUCCAGCUGGAGCUGUCCCAGGAGGGUGUGAUGGGGGAAUGGGCCCGGGGUGGAGUCCGGCUGCGCCCGGGACCCCAGUGCCGCAUUCACACAGAGGGCCGUACCUACCACCUGGCGCUCAGUGGCUUGGGCCUGGCCGACUCAGGCUGCAUCUCCUUCACGGCGGACUCCCUGCGCUGUGCAGCCAGACUCACUGUGAGAGAGGCCCCAGUGACCUUUGUGCAGGUGCCACAGGACUUCGAGGUGACCGAGGGCGACACAGCUACAUUCGAGUGCGAGCUUUCCCAGGCCUUGGCUGAUGUUACCUGGGAGAAGGACGGGCGCCCGCUCAUCCCCAGCCCCCGGCUCAGGCUCCAGGCCCUCGGCGCGCGGCGCCUUCUCCAGCUGCGGCGCUGUGGCUCCUUGGAUGCUGGGACCUACAGCUGCGCGGCGGGAACGGCCCGCGCGGGCCCCGUCCGCCUGACCGUGCGCGAGCGCGUGGUGUCCGUGCUGUCCGAGCUCCGGCCGGUGAGCGUCCGCGAAGGCGACAGCGCUACGUUCGAGUGCACCGUAUCAGAGGUCGAGACCACCGGCAGCUGGAAGCUCGGAGGCCGCCCACUGAGACCCGGAGGCCGCAUCCGCAUCCGACAGGAAGGGAAGAAACAUAUUCUGGUGCUAAGUGAGCUGCGCGCGGAGGACGCCGGUGAGGUCCGCUUCCAGGCGGGACCCGCCCAGUCCGCAGCUGAGCUGGAAGUGGAGGCACUGCCUCUCCAGAUGUGCCGCCGCCCGCCUCGCGAGAAGACGGUUCUGGUGGGCCGCCGGGCGGUCCUGGAGGUGACUGUGUCGCGCUCCGGGGGGCAUGUGUGCUGGUUGCGGGAGGGGGUCGCGCUGUGCCCGGGAGACAAGUACGAGCUGCGCAGCCAUGGCCCCACCCACAGCCUGGUCAUCCGUGACGUGCGACCUGAGGACCAGGGCACCUAUUGCUGCCAGGCCGGCCAAGACAGCGCCCACACGCGGCUGCUGGUAGAGGGUAGCUAGAAGGACCGAACCAGGCCAGGCGGGUGCCCUCGGACAGCUUGGAAGGCGCAUGCCCUUACCCUGGGCAGGGAUGGGAGGCAGGGAACCAGAGGUAUUGAAAAACAAUAAAAGUGGUG